AUGGAGGACAAGGGCGAUGGCCGCACGAAGGCCUACAAAUUUGUCGCCUAUUCGGCCGUCACCUUCUCCAUCGUAGCCGUGCUGUCCGUCGUCUGCACGCUGCCUAUGGUCUACAACUAUGUGUCCCAUGUGCGCCGCCAGAUGCACCACGAGCUCUCCUUCUGCAAGGGCUCCGCCAAGGACAUCUUCGCCGAGGUCAACUACAUGAAGACGGCCGGCCCAGUUCCCGCCCGCAACAGGACCGCUCGUCAGUCCGGAUACGGUGGCCCUGAGGUCAACUCCCCAGCUAACCUCCAAUGCGAGGGCUGCUGCCUGCCCGGACCCCCCGGAACUCAGGGAGCCCCUGGAAAGCCUGGAAAGCCCGGUCGUCCUGGUGCCCCCGGAACUCCCGGAAUUCCCGGAAAGCCCCCGACGGCCCCAUGCGAACCAUCCACACCUCCUCCAUGCAAGCCUUGCCCUCAAGGACCCCCCGGCCCACCCGGACCCCCUGGAGCUCCCGGAGACCCCGGUGAGGCUGGAACCCCUGGACGCCCCGGAACUGAUGCUCCCAAUGGACUCCCCGGACCUCGUGGACCUCCCGGACCCCCUGGAGAGCCUGGACAGCCCGGACCGGCUGGAGAGCCCGGAACCCCCGCCCAGAGCGAGCCCCUCGUCCCUGGAGCCCCUGGCGAGCCCGGAGAUGCUGGACCCCCCGGACCCCCUGGACCUCCUGGAUCUCCCGGAAACGAUGGACCUCCCGGACCCCCUGGACCCAAGGGAGCCCCAGGACCCGAUGGACCUGCUGGAGUCGACGGACAGCCCGGACCCCCUGGACCUUCCGGACCUUCCGGAUCUGCCGGAGAAAAGGGUAUCUGCCCCAAGUACUGCGCCAUCGAUGGCGGCAUCUUCUUCGAGGAUGGCACCCGACGA